AUUGUGGGCGGAGCUUAUCCCCUCUCCUCCUAACGGACAGAAGUCUCGGAGUAGCAGCGGGCUCUCACGGUCCUCCUCUCCCCGGCUUCCUCGCUCCUUCUGCGGCUCUUUUCCUGAUGGCAACGCCGGCGGAUGACCCGCGGGAAACGGAGGACGUCGUCGUCGCGCUGUCGACGCACCAACACCACCACUUACAGAACAUUAACAGCAACAACAAUAACAAUAAUAACAACAACAAAGACAGUGAAGCAGGGGACAGCACGACGACGUCCAGCACCGGGAGCACGGAGCCCGGAGGCGGGAGCACGGAGCCUGGAUGCGGGGUUCAGAGCCUCGGUAACGGGUCCGUGCUCAGCCCCAGCGGGGGAAAUAACGGGAAAUGGGUCCGGUUGAACGUGGGCGGCACCGUGUUCCUCACGACCAGGCAUACCCUCCUCAAGGAGCAAACCUCGUUCCUGUACCGGCUGUGUCAGCAGCAGGACCUGCACUCAGACACCGACGAUUCGGGAGCCUAUGUGAUCGACAGAGAUCCGACGUACUUCGGUCCGAUCCUGAACUACCUGCGGCACGGAAAACUGGUCUACAACAAGGAGCUCGCUGAAGAAGGCGUCCUGGAGGAGGCUGAGUUUUACAACAUCACGCCGCUCAUCAAACUGAUCAAGGAGAGGAUCCUGGAGAGAGACUCCAAGUCCACGCAGCAGGUGCCCCCCAAGCAUGUGUACCGCGUGUUGCAGUGCCAGGAGGAGGAGCUCACGCAGAUGGUCUCCACCAUGUCGGACGGCUGGAAGUUUGAGCAGGUCAGCGUGCGCGCCUGCAGAAAGCCCCGCACCGGACUGCUCUGGACUAUGGUGAACAUCGGCUCGUCGUACAGCUACGGGACGGAGGACCAGGCUGAGUUCCUGUGUGUCGUCUCCAAAGAGCUUCACACUCCCGGGUCGGGACUCGCUACGGAGCAGAGCCACAAAACAAAGCCGGCAGAGAUGCAGGAGGAGGAGGAGGUGGAGGAAGAGGCUGCGAAGGAGGCGGAGGAGGAGGAGGAGGAAGAGGGAGAGAAACAACACCGAAUAAGUGGAUUAGAGAAUGAGGGAGAAUGAUGUUUUUGUUCCAAAGAGAGGCGGGAAUGGCUCUUCCAGCUCCAUGGGUCCCGGAUGUAGAAAUGUACAAGAUAUUUAAAUUAUUAUUUUCUAUUCCUAUUGCGCGUCAUCAACACAAACAAAAAAGUGUGUAGCAUUGAUAUCAGUUUAUUCGACAAAAUGCCAGGUAGACUAAAAACACAAAUGCUCACCGUGAAGCACAGCAAUAUCUUCAAAACUCAUUUAAGUAGUAGAAAUAAUCAUGUGUUUGCGUACGUUACCUCAAGGGCAGUGGUGUCGUGGAGUUUAGUAAAACCUAACCAAAGAUCAGAUCUGAGGAAAAGCAGAUGGUGUGAAGGGAUCAGAUUAUUAAAGCAUUUCCUAAGGGCGUUAUUCCACAAGUCAAUUUCAACCAGGACCAACGUUAUAUGUCGUUAAGACCGGAGAGUGCCAUUUAUUUAAAUGCUGUCAGUGUGGAGAUGAGUUGACCCCCACAUUUAGGGAUUCAUUUAGCUUCUUAAAACAGACACCCGUUGAAAAUGCUGAUGAAUUAUCAAGGAAGAACGUUUUGUCUUUGAUUCAAUGAGCUUUGAGCGCUAAAUCCAUUUAGAUAGAAGGUGAUGUGUUGUAAAUAUUUCAUUUUCUGCUUUUCGGAAAUUGAAUCAGACCAAGUGCUCCGAUCGUUAUCAGCUAUCAUUCGUUCUUAAUUCUUUAGUUCUCUAUUUAAAGGUCACCUAUUAUGCAAACUCCAAAAAUGACCCCCUCACUUUUUGUCCUGAUCCAUUUCUAUAAAAACCUCUGAGCUGAUCAGAUUUUGGCCGCUUUAUGAUGUCAUAACGAUGUUUUGGCUUGUGUAACCAUUAGCCAAUCAGCAACCAAGGUAACCCCCCCCCCCCCCUUAUCACCUGAAUCUCCUCCUAGAGCACCAUUGAGUUCUUUGUAACCAAAUGUCUCUCAGAGGGGCGUGGGGAGGGGCUCCUUAUUUUCAUCUAAAGUAACAGACAGAGAAUCAGCACUUUGGAAACAGGGCUGAAACAGAGGGGAUUAUGGGUAAUGCUGCAAUGAUCUGUUUGGUGUUUCAGCCAAUCAGAGACAGGCUCUGUAUAUAUCUGAGACCUGUGAUAUAUUGAUGAAAAACAGCAUAAUAGGGGACCUUUAAAGACCAAUGCACAUUUCUCCUGAAUCAAAACGUUCUUAAUACUCAAUUGUCUGAUUUAUAUCCUCCACUUUAAUCCUCUCUGAACACAUUAACCUAUAAACUGACAUGGAUAAACAUGCACACAUAUUCUGGUAUGGUAUAAAAGCAUAACAUAUUAAGCCAAAACAUUGUACACUGACAAAAACACACACAUCCGCACAAUAAAUACAAAGCAAAAUAAAUCACUCAAUCAGAGUGAUUUAUUUCGCUUAGCGAAUCAGUGCAUGAGAAGCGAAACGGAAGUGAGGGACCCAAACAAACUAUUAAGAAGGCAAAUCUGAGAUUUCAUUGAACUCCAGCUCUCGACUCAGGUUCGGGAAAGCCCCGUGAGCUUCUCGCUGUAGAGGGAAAAUGGAACUCAAACGCUAUUUGUUGUUUGUUUAUAUCACGCAGUCUGUCUUCCGGUUGUUGCCUAUUUUGAGUGACGACUACACACUACCGCCGCCUGCUGGUAAGGAGAGUUAUUGCCACUCACGCAUGCGCAGUUCAUACGUGCAACUUGGCCGUCGGCUGAAGUCUUCGCGGUGUGUUCCAGUGCGAAACAUGGCCAUUAAGUCGAGGUUUAUUUUCAGCUGCAAACUGUAUUUACACAAUACACUGUAAAAAUAAGUGGGCGAAGUCACUGUGCUUUGACUCAUUGGUUGUUUGACUGUCACCAUCAUGUUUUCUUGGACAUAUUAGGGAGGUGAAUCCGCAAUUCAUUGGGAUUUACAUUUUGGAUUGUAAAACAAACUAGAACAUGUCUAAUUACCUGAAAAUAAUAAACCGCAGACUCCUUAAAGAGUGUCUUUCUGGUUGUCACGCCCUAAAGUAUACACUUCUUUAUUGCCUAUUUUACCCUAAAUGAGAUAAUACAUUUAAAGACUUGAAUCUAAAGAUUGAGACUAUUAGUUCUUCAGAAAAAUGUUUCAUAAUUUAGUAAAUCAAUUGAGAUGUAUGGCAAUUUUCUCAUAGACUUCCAUACAAUCUGACUUCUUAUUGCAACCAUGGCCCUCUGCUGGCCAGUUGGGAGAAUGCAGAGAUAUUGGUGGAUACAUUCAUAGUUAAUUUGGGUCUUUUUAAGGAAUUACUGACUAUAAGAAAUAAAUACCACUAUACUUAUCCUUAAACGCUUUUUUAAUUACAUUACAUGUCAUUUGUUAGACACUUUUAUCCAAAGCGACUUACAUACAUUCAGUACUGUGGACAAUCCCCACAGGAACAAUUUGGGGUGAAGUGUCUCAGGGACACAACGACAUGCUGACUGCAGUGGGACUCGAACUUGCUAUCCCCUGAUUCGAAAUCCAUCACCUCUCCACUGAGCCACAGCCUCCCUCUGCUGGCCAGUUGAGAGAAUGCAGAGAUAUUUGUGGAUACAUUCAUAGUUAAUUUGGGUCUUUUUAAGGAAUUACUGACUAUAAGAAAUAAAUACCACUAUACUUAUCCUUAAACGCUUUUUUAAUAAACCUGUCUUUGGCUCCACUCAGAUUUAAGAAAAUAACAUUAUCCCUGCCUCUCAAGAUUCUUUCUAUGGUUUGCUCCUGUAUAACACUGACUAGCACAAACACACAUAGGCUGAUUCAUACAAACACUACGCAGUAACAGUGAGACAAUCGAGACUUAAGAUGAAGAGUUGGCAACUUUUUUGAUCACACUUUUGUACUAAAAUCUGGAAGCCUGCAAAUACAACACUUCAGUUGUGUGUGUGUGAGGUGAAGUGCCUCGUCCAUUUCAAGUGUGACACAGAAUCUUUUUACCUUAUUAAACUAAUGGAGUACCUGUUAGAAUAGUGAUCAUGCUUAUGGCAAUCAUGAUUUCAGCAGGAGGAAGAACACUUUGUUAUUUUUGGGUGCCUUGAGUUCAAACAGCUAAACUGACGCGUCAACAGACAGACGUGUCAAAACGAUCUGUUAUUAUUACUACAUGCUUUUUCUUUCAGUUUUAAGUAGCUGUUUUCAUAUGUUAGUCGACAAAUGGUUAGUUUACUAUCCCACUGAGAGCUUAAGAGUGAUAUGUUGUGUACAUUUUUUCAAGUGCAUGUUUGUAAGUAGAGAUUUUCGACGCAGAAGGCUUGUAGAAAAUGCCUUUUUUAUUUUUUCUACAUUCGGUUGUCUUAAUUUAUUCUCACUGUUUCUUUAGGAAUAGGAAUUUGGGGUGUUACAUUUUUUUAAAAGGGGGGGGGGACAUUGGAUUUUACUACUUUCAGUCUAUGGUUAAAGGUGGGGUAGGUAAUUUUGGAGAAACCAGCUCGAGUGAGCUAGAAUUUGAAAAUACACAACCGGAAACAAUCUGCCCCUUCCUUCAGACUUCCUUCCAGAGCCCCUCCUCCAACACACACGAACGCGCACAUGACCAAUGAGGGCACGAGAUACGUUUGUGCACAGAUGGACGCUACGGCUUCCACAGAUGCAUUUUUUAAAAUGCAUUUAUUGUCAAAGCAUUUAAUAUAUUCAUUGCUAUCGGGAUGUUAAGAGCAUUCCAUGGAAUAUAACAAGUGUUUCUGAAAUAAAUUACAUACCCCACCUUUAACACUAUAGCUAUAUCCGGUUUGUUAAAUAUGCUAGUUUUAGCUCUCAUGAAUGCUGUUGAAACGAAUAUUCUUUCCGUCAGAUUUAUAAUCCUCCCUUCGCAUGUCCAGGUACCUUCUUUGGUUUUCUGGAUCCACGCUUUAUUUUAUACUUUGUGCACUGUGUUGAAUUAGUUCUGCUGUACAGUAAAGUGCGUUUUCACAUAGUAUUUGCAGCUCUGUUUUAUUAUUCUGUUCAAAAAAGCAAACAUCUGUCGGGCAGCUGUGGAGGUUUCUUCCGUCCAUAGAGCCUCGCGUCUGUAAAUGAAGCAACGUGACACAUGCAUUGUAACAGGCUUUUAAAAAAGGCUGUGUUUUGAUUUUAUUUGACUGUAUUUCACCUGAAAAACAUGUAUUUUCAACAAACUGACAGUUUUUUAAAAAUUAUUAUUUAAUGUUAAUGAAUGUCAAUAUUCUCAACAAAAUAAAUCUUUGUCCUUUGGUUUAAAAAACAGAUAUGUAAAUCUCAUUUUUGUUACAACCGUGACAGUCUGAAAUAACAAAACUGGUUAUUUAAAUAAACAUUGGGAUACAGUUUGCAAAAGCUUCGUCCUAAAUGAU